CAGUUCGAGCAUUAGCAGAUCAAUUAUUUCGCAAUCCUGAGUAUCACAAGCAUGUAAGGAGGCAGGUUAUUAAGCAGCUAAAGCAUUACAGAAAGUUAUAUGAAGGUUAUGUACCAAUGAAGUACAAAAGCUACCUGAAGAUGAUGAAAAAAUCAGGGGAGUGGGGAGACCAUGUAACUCUACAAGCGGCUGCAGAUAGAUUUGGCGCCAAAAUUUGUUUAGUCACCUCUUUUAAAGACACUUGCUAUAUUGAGAUACGUCCCACUGACAAAAACCCCACUAAAGAGCUUUGGCUAAGCUUUUGGAGUGAAGUGCAUUAUAAUUCGUUGUACGCAACUGCAGAUGUUCCUUCUGUUGUCCCCAAAAAGAAGCAUUGGCUGUUUUUUUAGUAAAAAUGGCAGAACAUGAAGUCUUGCAAAACUCAUAUUUAAUGAGGGCCUUUUGAAACAAUCUCCUUCAAGCUGCAAAACAGACAGUGGCUCUUCUAAGGACAGGGGCCUUUCCUCACCCCAUAUAGAAAGCAUCAGUAAUCCGAGUCUCAGCACAAAAUCUAUAUUAACAGGUCAAAGCUUGUUCAUUGGUGGGACAAGUUGUGAUGGUUCUGAGAGUAUAUAACAAAAUUUAUGGUAAACAUCAGUAGAUUGCAGUGAUCAACAUAAUGAUUUAUGUAUUUCAAGAGGCAUAGUGGUUACUAAUUAUUUUAGUUGAGCAGAUAACAUAGACGCACUGUAAUUGAUGAUUACAAUUAACCCACCCAUAUAUUUGCUUAUGUUUUAACAAUUUUAAUAAUUCUUUUCUAUAGAUUACAGUAAAUCUGAAUCAUGUAGUGCUGGUUUAAAAAAAAAAAAAAUCUGAAUCAUGUAGAGUUUGUCCAUGAUCUCCUUGAAUUUUGAAGCUUGAUCAUGGACCCUGUUGUAUAGAUAAAUUGUUGUUUGUUUGUUUACUGUUUCACUGACAUUUCAUUGAUAAUAAAAUUUCUUACACUUCUUUUUAUGAGUAAA